GGCUUUUAAGCUGUCAAACUUUAAAUAUUUAAGAGAAUUAAAAGCUGCUUUCAUUGGAAAACUUCGAUAUGAACUCCCACGACACCUUGUACCUGUGCACCCAAUGCUUUCGCAGAUUUCCUUGGGUCGAGCUCUCCAAGCAGGAGCAUCGCUGCCCUCGGUGCCGUCUGCCCCUGAAAAGGUGCGCCAUUUGCGAUCAGCGCUUUGAGCCGCGGGAAAAGGAGCACAUGUACUGCAAACGCUGCGAUUUUAAUCUAAUGAAACAUGCCGCCGUGAAGCCGCCCUCGAUGGUGGAAAAGCCCAAGGUGAAUGAGAAUGAUGAUGACUAUGAGAUCCGGGGUGGUGCCUCUGUUACCGAACGCUGGAGGGAGAUUCAGACUGCAGCUGGGAUCUUUGAUGAGGAGUUUUCGGAGCCUUCUCCUUCGCCAUCGCCAUAAGUUUGGGGUUUCUUUAAACUCAAAAUC